AAGAAUUUGAGCCCCUCCCCCAGCCUGACCGUCUCUGCGGGCGGUGCAGCCUGGCUCCAUGUCAAACCCAGCUGGGAGGGCGAACCCCAGGGCCACAGAGAGGGUGGUGGGCUUGCAGGCAGGUUCCUCGCCCAGUGGCCAUGGGUGACAAGAGUGGUGCCCUACGCACCUAUAAAUCCCUUGAUGAGGAGAGCCUCUUGGGCUCUGCAGAGCUGCCCAAAAGACCCACGGGGAGCCUGGUUAUGCACAGCAUGGCCAUGUUCGGCCGGGAGUUCUGCUAUGCGGUGGAGGCGGCCUACGUGACUCCAGUGCUGCUCAGCGUGGGCCUGCCCAAGAGCCUGUAUAGCAUGGUGUGGCUCCUGAGCCCUAUCCUGGGGUUCCUGCUGCAGCCUGUGGUGGGAUCGGCCAGCGACCACUGCCGGGCCCGGUGGGGCCGCCGGAGACCCUACAUCCUCACGCUGGGCGUCAUGAUGCUCCUGGGCAUGGCCAUGUACCUCAACGGGGACGCGAUCAUAUCAGCUUUGAUUGCUGACUCAAGGAGGAAGCCGAUCUGGGCCAUAAGUAUCACCAUGAUAGGUGUGGUUCUCUUUGAUUUUGCUGCUGACUUCAUUGAUGGGCCCAUCAAAGCCUACUUGUUUGAUGUCUGCACUCAUCGAGAUAAGGAGAGGGGCCUCCACUACCAUGCGCUCUUCACAGGUUUGGGAGGUGCUCUUGGUUACCUUUUGGGCGCCAUUGACUGGGCCCACUUGGAACUGGGAAGGCUGCUGGGCACGGAAUUCCAGGUUAUGUUCUUCUUCUCCUCGCUGGUGCUCACUUUGUGUUUUAUUAUCCACCUGUGCAGUAUCCCUGAAGCCCCACUUACAGAUGUUGCAAAGGACAUUCCCCCACAGCAAGCCCCCCAGGACCUUGCCUCAUCAUCAGAUAAAAUGUACAAGUAUGGGUCUAUUGAGAAAGUAAAUAAUGGUUAUGUAAACCAAGAGUUGGUGCUGCAGGGAGGAAAAACCAAAAAUCCUGCUGAACAGACUCAGAGGACUAUGACCUUGAGGUCACUGUUGAGGGCCUUGAGGAGCAUGCCCGCUCAUUACCGCUGCCUUUGCAUCAGCCACCUCAUUGGAUGGACUGCCUUCCUAUCCAACAUGCUCUUCUUCACAGACUUCAUGGGCCAGAUCGUGUACCACGGGGAUCCCUAUGGUGCCCACAACUCCACAGAGUUCCUCAUCUACCAAAGAGGGGUCGAGGUUGGAUGCUGGGGCUUGUGCAUCAACUCUAUGUUCUCCUCGCUUUAUUCUUACUUUCAGAAAGCUUUGGUUCCCUGCAUUGGAUUAAAGGGUCUUUACUUUACGGGGUAUUUGCUGUUUGGCCUGGGGACAGGAUUCAUCGGGCUCUUCCCGAAUGUCUACUCCACCCUGGUCAUGUGCACCUUGUUUGGAGUGAUGUCCAGCACCCUGUACACGGUACCCUUUAACCUCAUCGCUGUGUAUCACCACGAGGAGCAGAAGCAACGGGCCCUGGGUAGGGGCCUGGACGGCAGCGGCAGAGGUCAGGGCCUGGACUGCGCCGCCCUCACAUGCAUGGUGCAGCUGGCUCAGAUCCUGGUCGGAGGUGGCCUGGGCCUUCUGGUCAACACGGCCGGCAGCGUCGUCGUUGUGGUGAUCACAGCCUCUGCGGUGGCACUGAUUGGCUGUUGCUUUGUGGCUCUCUUUGUUAGAUAUAUGGAUUAGGUCAAUAAAGAGACAUGGUCCCUAACCUCAGACACAGUGGAGCACAUGACAUGAAAUCAAUCUUUAUUUAGCCUUGCGUUUUUUUGUAUCUGCCCUUUGGAUGCCACGUGUUAUGACAACUGCAGUAACUGCCCCUUAUUUCCAGCCAGCCCUGUCCACAUCAGUCUCACUGUUUCAAGCAUGACUUGUUUUAGGAGAAAGUGGGCCAUGCCGCCAGUCACUGGUGGCAAAGGGCAAGUGUGGAUGACAGCACCUCCAUGAGUCACUGCAGUGGAAUGGGGAGGCAUGGUCUGUUCUCCACAGGGCAUUUUAGGCCUUGAUGAAACCAGAGACGCCGACUAACACACACUUGUGAUGCUGUAAUUUAUCCUGUGAUGUGAUUUUUUUUUUUUAACUAGGGGGUCCAUAUAUAGUCAGGAACGUUAUAUUUUUCAUCCAAUGCAUCCUCAUGCAAAAUAAGGCUGGUGAUUUGAGAUAUUAAUUCAUUCAUAUUCAAUUCAUAUUUAACUCACACAUAAUUAAUUCAUGUUAAUUUAUACUAUCCCUACAAGUCUGCUUGAACAUCUCAUGCUAGAGGAUUUCCCACUUUGAAAUAGCUCAUCUUAUUGAAAUAGUAAAAAUCUUUCUCUCUAGCCUGCACUUUUGUUCCAGUCCCUGGAGUCUCACUGGAAGCCUUUCAAAGAACUGCCUCCCGUUUCUCCUGUAAUCCUCUCUUCUCCAAGUGAAGCAGCAUUUCUCAGUCGUACCCCUUGAAGUUCAUGAUGGCAGCAUGAUUUAACACAAAGACUGUGAACUUUAGAGCUGAGCUGGUUUGGGAUCCUGGCUCUGCUGCUCCCCAGCAAACUACAGAACCUCAAAAGUUGCACUUGUUCAUCGUACAUUUGGGGUAAUAUUGAGUUAGUCAAAAAGUUAAUUCGAGAUUUCUGUAACAUCUUAUGGAAAAACCUGAGGGAACUUUAUGACCCACCCAAUACUUCCUACCCCAGAGAAUGGUGACCAUUUGUAAUAUCUAAGCCUUAUGGAGUGCUUACCACCAUUCUCAGCAUUUUACCCAUGUUAACACAGCAAUCUUGGGAGAGGCUGCUGCUGCUGAUCUCCAUUUUCUAGAUGAGGAAACAGAGGCAGAGAGGUUUAUAGUUCUCCUCUGACGCUGCACAGCUCCGAAGUGGCAGAGCUGGGCUUUGAACCCAGGCACUUGGGCUCUGCUGUUUCCUGUAAGAGCAGCACUCGGGCUGGAGGCUGGCCGCUGGUCUGCACUUGAUACAUGACAGCCAUUGUCAUUAUUUUUUAAAGGCUCGCCAUCCUGCUUCCUUAGGCCUAGAUCUCCCCAUCACCUGUCCUUCAUAAGUGUCUUCUAUAUAAUUCCAGAUGUGCCUGAGUGGUGCAGAAUGACUUGCCCACAUGUUUCUCAAAGUUAAAAUAUGUUAU